AUGGGGUUCCCAACAUCCACGAUCGGUUUCCCGCGAAUGGGCAGGAACCGAGAUCUGAAGCGCGCCCUCGAGAGUUACUGGAAGGGCAACUCCACGGCCGAAGAGCUGGUCGCCGUCUCCAACGAGGUCCAGAAGAAGGCGUGGGCAGCUCAGAAAGACGCGGGCGUCUCGCUGAUCGGCCUGGACGGCACGCUGUACGAUCAGAUGCUGGACUGGACGUUCUACCUCGGCCUGGCGCCGCCGAGGUUCCAGCACCUUACAGCGCUGGACCAAUACUUCGCCAUGGCCCGCGGUGCUGAGGGCACUCCGGCGCUGGAUAUGUCCAAGUUCUUUGACACGAAUUAUCAUUUCAUGGUGCCUGAGCUUGAUGAUGCCUCUGAGCCUAAGCCAGACUUUUCCCUGCUCUUGGAAAAGGUGAAGCGGGGCCAGGAAGUCGUCGGCAGCGAUUGCGCUGUCCCCAUUGUGAUCGGACCUGUGUCUUUCGUCCACUUGGCCAACUGCAAGGCCGAUGCCUCGUCCAUGAUCUGCAAGCUGGUCCCCGCAUACAAGCAGCUGCUUUCCGAGCUCAAGGGGCUUGGUGUCCCGGAGGUGCAGAUGCAUGAGCCUGCCCUCGUCUUCGGCAAUGCCAACGACUUCAAGGACAGCUGCGAGGCAGCUUACAAGGAGUUGGCGAGCGCCGGCAUGUCCAUCAACCUGGUCACGUACUAUGAUGACAUGAAGGAGGACGUUUUCGCCUGGGUGACCAAGCUGCCUGUGUGUGCGAUCAGCAUGGAUUUCUGCGGUGUUCCCGGAGUUGAGUUGGGGAAUGAGACCAUGGAGAUGAUCAAGAAGCACGGGUUCCCGAAAGACAAGAGGCUCGGGGCAGGUGUGGUGGACGGUCGCUCCGUUUGGGGCAGCGAGGGCUCUGCUGCAAAGGCUCUGUCCGAGCUGCAGGCACUCGGAAUCACAAACAUCUGCGUCCAGUCCUCCGUCUCGCUGCAGCACCUUCCAUACACGCUGGAGGAUGAGAAAGCCCUCCCUGAGGACGUCAAGGGAAGGCUUGCCUUUGCCGUCGAGAAACUUGCAGAAAUCGUGAAGGUGGCAUGCGGGGGCGUCCCUGAGUCCGCGACCGUCCUGGGUUCAACCAAAGUCGAAGUUGAUGCAAAGCUCUUCGACCGCCCCUUGCCCUUUGCAGAGCGGCGAUCCAAGCAGAUCUGCACGCCUGCGUUUCCCACCUCCACAAUCGGCUCCUUCCCUCAGACGUCCGCUAUUCGGUCCGUAAGGAUGAAGUUCAAGAAGGGGGAGGUCAGUGCGGAGGAGUACAAAUGCCAGAUGACGGGCCACAUUGCCUACGCAAUUGGCGUUCAAGAGGCGCUUGGGCUGGAUGUAUUUGUGCAUGGAGAGGCCGAGCGCACGGACAUGGUGGAAUAUUUUGGACAGAAGCUUGAAGGCAUGUACUUCACUAACAAUGGCUGGGUCCAGAGCUACGGUUCCCGUUGCAUCCGGCCACCUGUUAUCGUUGGCGAUGUCCACCGACGUGAGGCCAUGACCAUCGUGGAGUACAAGAUUGCCCAGAGCUUGACGAAGAAGCCAGUGAAGGGCAUGCUCACAGGUCCUGUCACAAUCCUCAACUGGUCUUUCCCACGCAAGGACAUCUCGCGCAAGGCCCAGGCCAUGCAGUUGGCACUUGCGCUGCGCGAGGAAGUCAAGGACCUCGAAGAGGCAGGAUGCAAGGUCAUUCAAGUUGACGAACCGGCGAUUCGCGAAGGGUUGCCCUUGAAGAAGGCCAGAUGGGAUUCGUACCUGUCAUGGGCGGUUGAUGCCUUCAGGCUGUGCUGCGGCGUCGCUGCUCCCGAGACACAGAUCGUCACCCAUAUGUGCUACAGCGACUUCCAGGACAUUCUCGAGGCCAUCGACAGGAUGGACGCGGACGUGCUCACCAUCGAGAACUCCCGCAGCGGCAACGAGAUGAUCCACGCCCUGGCCACCUACGGCUACGGCCGCGACCUCGGUGCCGGCGUCUACGACGUCCACUCGCCCGUCGUGCCCACCGUGGACUUCAUCACCAGCAAGAUCCGAUCCUUCAUGGAGAGCCGCGUUCUGGAGGGCCACGCCGACCGCAUCUGGGUCAACCCGGACUGCGGCCUGAAGACUCGCGACUGGAAGGAGGUCCUGCCGGCCCUGAAGAACAUGGUGGAGGCGGCGCGGGUCAUGCGCGAGGAGAUUGCCGCGAACUAG